AUGAAGCUCCUGGUUGUUGCUGCACUCUUUGGGCUGUGUUUUGCCCAACACGACCCAAACACUAAACAUGGCAGGACCUCCAUAGUGCAUCUGUUUGAGUGGCGUUGGGCAGAUAUAGCCGCAGAAUGUGAGCGAUACCUGGCACCUAAUGGUUACGCUGCAGUUCAGAUAUCUCCCCCCAGUGAGAGCAUUGUGGUGACCAAUCCUUGGCACCCUUGGUGGCAAAGAUAUCAACCAAUCAGCUACAACUUGUGCUCCAGAUCAGGAACAGAGGGGGAGCUAAGGGACAUGAUCAUACGCUGUAACAAUGUUGGGGUGAACAUAUAUGUGGAUGCAGUCAUUAAUCACAUGUGUGGAGCUGCUGGUGGUGAGGGCAAUCACUCCAGCUGUGGAACAUACUUCAAUACCAAAAACAAGGAUUUCCCCUCUGUCCCCUACUCUUCGUGGGACUUCAAUGAUUACAAAUGUAAAACUGGCAAUGGAGAGGUUGAGAGCUACAAUGAUAUUUUCCAGGUCAGAGAUUGCCGCUUGGUGAGUCUCCUGGAUUUGGCGCUGGAGAAGGACUACGUUAGAGAAAAAGUGGCCAAAUACCUGAACAAACUAAUUGAUAUGGGUGUGGCUGGAUUCAGAGUAGAUGCUUGCAAGCACAUGUGGCCCGGAGAUCUUAGUAAUGUUUUCGGUAGACUCAAAAGCCUGAACACCACUUGGUUUUUGCCUGAUACUAAGCCUUUCAUUUAUCAAGAGGUCAUUGACUUGGGUGGGGAGGCCAUUAAAGCCAGUGAAUAUUUUGAGCUCGGAAGAGUGACAGAGUUCAAGUACAGUGCGAAACUAGGGAAAGUCAUUCGUGAAUGGGACGGAGAGAAGCUAAGUUACCUGAAGAGCUGGGGAGAGGGCUGGGGUUUCAUGCCCUCUGAUAAAGCCGUGGUGUUUUUGGACAAUCAUGAUAAUCAGAGAGGUCACGGUGCUGGUGGAGCUUCUGUUCUAACAUUCUGGGACUCCAGGCUUUACAAAAUCGGUACGGGAUUCAUGUUGGCUCAUCCAUAUGGUGUGACCAGAGUGAUGUCUAGUUUUCGAUGGGAUCGUCACUUUGUCAAUGCAAAAGAUGAGAAUGACUGGAUGGGUCCUCCCAGCAAUGCAGAUGGAUCCACUAAGCCAAUACCCAUUAACCCAGACACCACCUGUGGAGACAACUGGGUAUGUGAGCACAGAUGGCGCCAAAUCAGGAAUAUGGUGAUUUUCCGUAAUGUGGUCAGUGAUCAGCCUCUUGCCAACUGGUGGGACAAUGGUAAUAGUCAGAUCUCCUUUAGUCGUGGUAGCAAGGGAUUCAUUGUGAUCAACAAUAAUAACUGGGAACUGAAUGAGACCCUGAACACUGGCCUGCCUGGAGGAACAUACUGUGAUGUCAUCUCUGGAGAUAAGAUUGACAACAGUUGCACAGGGAAAAAGAUCUCAGUGGAUUCUGAUGGACGUGCCACUUUCCACAUCAGCCACACAGAAGAGGAUCCAUUUAUUGCCAUUCAUGCUGAAUCUAAACUAUAGAUACAGUCAGGAGAAAAAUGUAACCCCUUCAUAAAUUAUGACAGCAUUAGUCAGUGAUUGCUCCUAUAGCAUAAAAUACAAGAUUUGAACGUUUUUAAAACAAAUAUUUCUCACUUUUAACUUUUAUUUUCCCUUUAAGUGGACAUCUGAAAAGGUGACCUCUUUAGGGUGAUGCACUAGUGCUCCCUGUAGUGGUUGAUGUCCAACUAUGCAUGCACAUGCAAGAAAUGUAUUUUUUAAAUAGCUGUCCAUUGUAUGUGUGUCUAUGCAUGAAAGGGUUAAUAAAGUAGCGUCACUCAAUCCAAUGUGGUCAAAAUGCUUAUGUUUUAACAAUAACAAUGUCACAAUAACAUUAAAGGUCUUUAUAAAUAUUUCAACAAUUUAGCAUCACAGUUUUAUCAGACUGUGGGGUUUGAAUGCCUGUGACACAAAUGAGACAUUUCAUUUUUUUAAAAAACAGUUACACUUUAAUUUAGUUUAAAAAGCAUGACUGUUAUUUGAUUUCCACAUUGUCCACAUUGCAGCUGCUUUUAACAUCACUUCACACGAUUACUAAUAUCAAUAAA